AAUGUGCGCCAUUUUGAAACACCAGCCCGGAGAAGCCGAGAGCGGUCCCUGAGCGCUGUGUCCCUUCCCGAAACAAGCCGAACAGCUUCCUUCCUUUCCGCAGCAGCCGCGGCGGGCAGCAAAGCAUAGCAUCCAGACCUGCCGGGGCAGUCAAACUUGGGGAGGGGGAGGAGGUGGGAAACCGAGAGUGUGAAGGGCGAACCCUCCCCGUCCUCAGCGACGCCCGGAUUGGGAGGCCUGGUGCUAGAGGGCAGCCAUGGCAGGAGUGGGCGGAGGAAAUGAUUUCCAGUGGUGUUUCUCCCAAGUGAAAGGUGCCAUAGACGAGGAUGUGGCGGAAGCCGAUAUUAUUUCAACGGUUGAAUUCAACUUUACUGGUGACCUGUUAGCCACGGGAGACAAAGGAGGCAGAGUUGUUAUAUUUCAAAGGGAACAAGAGAGUAAAAGCCGUCCUCAUUCAAGGGGUGAAUACAAUGUUUACAGUACGUUUCAAAGCCAUGAACCUGAAUUUGACUACUUAAAAAGUCUAGAAAUUGAAGAGAAAAUUAACAAAAUAAGGUGGUUGCCACAGCAGAAUGCUGCCCAUUUCUUACUUUCUACUAAUGAUAAAACAAUAAAAUUAUGGAAAAUAAGUGAGCGAGACAAAAGAGCCGAAGGUUACAACUUGAAGGACGAUGAUGGGAGACUUCGGGAUCCUUUUCGGAUCACAUCUCUACGGGUGCCAAUCCUCAGACCCAUGGAUUUAAUGGUUGAAGCAAGUCCAAGAAGAAUAUUUGCAAAUGCACAUACCUAUCACAUUAACUCCAUUUCAGUAAAUAGUGAUCAUGAAACUUACCUCUCUGCAGAUGACCUGAGAAUUAAUUUAUGGCAUUUAGAAAUUACAGAUAGAAGUUUUAACAUUGUAGAUAUUAAGCCUGCUAACAUGGAGGAAUUGACAGAAGUUAUCACAGCUGCUGAAUUCCAUCCACAUCAGUGUAAUGUCUUCGUCUACAGCAGUAGCAAAGGAACGAUCCGACUCUGUGACAUGCGUGAUUCUGCGCUCUGCGAUAGACAUUCAAAGUUCUUUGAAGAACCAGAAGAUCCAAGCAGCAGAUCUUUCUUCUCAGAAAUCAUUUCUUCGAUAUCAGAUGUCAAAUUCAGCCAUAGUGGUCGCUACAUGAUGACCAGAGAUUAUCUGUCUGUGAAAGUAUGGGAUCUCAACAUGGAAAGUAGGCCAGUAGAAACAUAUCAGGUUCAUGAAUACCUUCGAAGUAAGCUUUGUUCCUUGUAUGAAAAUGACUGCAUCUUUGACAAGUUUGAGUGCUGUUGGAAUGGAUCUGACAGCUCAAUUAUGAGUGGUUCCUACAACAACUUCUUCAGGAUGUUUGAUCGAAACACCCGUCGGGAUAUCACAUUGGAAGCAUCACGAGAAAGCAGCAAACCGCGUGCCAUCUUAAAGCCACGUAAAGUGUGUACAGGUGGUAAGAGGAAGAAGGAUGAAAUCAACGUUGACAGCCUAGACUUCAACAAAAAGAUUCUACAUACAGCAUGGCAUCCUAAGGAGAACAUAAUAGCUGUUGCCGCCACCAAUAAUUUGUAUAUAUUUCAGGACAAAGUUAAUUAAAGAUGGCUUUUUUUGAGGACAAAGUCUUGUUCUUGCAUAGUUAAGCCUAGUUGUUUACCUGUAAAAGAUCAGGCCAUGUUGUCCUCCCAGUAAAAAGACCACAUGAAUGCACUUCCCCCAUGUAGAAAGAGGAAAGCUGACCUGGAUUUCAUUUCAUGGUAGAGCUCUGUCUUCAGUAAGGAGGAAGGGAGGGCACAAGGUUCACUUCCCAAAAUGAAAGCCCGCUAGAUGCAGAAGUGAUGGACAUCGUUCAUAAAAGACCAGUGCUCAAUAUUUAACUCCGAGCUUCCUUUCCGGUUCAUAGACCAAAAAUUCUACACCCGAAGACAGACUAUCAAUGUGAUUUCUCUUUCUGCUGUACUGUUUGGGCCUUUGAAAAACAAUUUUCUUUAUGCCUGUAACAUUCCUCUUCUGGCCUUCAGUUAGGCUUAGGUGUUUGUACAUUUGAGCACUUAGGUAGAACACAAGUUGGGUCAGACAGGUUUUUUCCAUGUAUAUUUACUCUCUGUAUCUAUACACACCCUCCGGUGUAAACCACUUAAUAAAAAUAACCAAGUAUAAAAAGUGUUUUUAAAUCUGAAA